AUGAAAUCAUGUAAAACAUUACGAGAGUUUCUAAGUGAAAACUUCGCAAACAGUUCUAAUGAAGCUGGAGAUUGGAGAUAUUACACAUUUCAAUAUGCGUCCAGUUGUUUGGAGUUACGUGCCCUUGUCCCGGCUUUAUCUGGUGUAUACAGAAUAUACCCAUGGAGGGACAGACAGAGACCUCUAGACGUAUUUUGUGAUAUGAGGACAGAUGGAGGGGGGUGGACGGUUAUACAACGCCGUACUUACGGUAUACCAUUCAACAGAGCAUGGAAUGAAUACAAGAGAGGAUUCGGAUCAAAGGAUAGAGAAUACUGGCUAGGAAAUGACCUCAUUCAUGCCUUGACUGUCGAAAGAACAACUUCGUUGUAUAUUGCUAUAACAUUGACAAAUGGAACAACAUUGUAUGAGCAAUAUGAGCAGUUCUACAUCACAGACGAGACCGAUGGCUACAGGCUCCGUAUAGCCGGAAACACAGAAGGAACUCUGGGAGACAGUUUGAGAGAUGACUGGCCUCCUUGGAACGUCAAUGGAAUGCAAUUUUCGACAUUUGAUAGAGACAACGAUGGAUUUUCAGAUGGAAAAUGUUCGGAUUCCGGAGGGUGGUGGUUUAAUCAAUGCGGAUGGACCUAUCUGAACUCGGACGACGACGAAGCGCGACUUUGGGUCCCCACGGUGCCCAACAGGACACUUGUCCAUGAAACAAAGAUGAUGAUCAGAUAA